AUGACUGGGGCUGGCAAGGUCCUGAGAAGACGACCGCCGGUCUCAGUAUCGUCCCCGUGUGAAGCAUCGUUGCUUCCCGUGAGUCCAGACGAUGGCAGCCGUGACCAGGUCAUGCAAGCUGCCAACUCUCUGUGCCUGUCGGCCUUUGACCGUCGUUGUAUCGCAUAUCUUCAGGACUCGAUUUUGGUCGUGAUUCUUGGGAAGCACUGGCCGUGGUCGACUCUUUCUUAUGCGUACCACAGAGUUGCCGUGAAGGAGCCGAUGGUAAUGAGUAUGAUGCUCGCUAGCACUGCUCGAGAAAUUUAUAGAUCCCAAAUCUAUGAGCAAGGAGAUGUUCCCGGACAAUCUGUAGGAGAUGACUCGCCAGAUACAGAUGGGAGCGUGCACUAUGGACGGGCUUUGGCUGGCCUGCGUGAGGCGUUAAAGCAAGACGUGAAGUCGCCGCAAAAGAUCGAAGGCAUUUUCAUCACGUUGUGGCUGAUGAUUGACUACGAGAACCGAUUUGGUAGUGGUGCAUCGGCCAUCAAUAUUCACAUUCGGGGUGUGGAGAGCCUGCUUCAUAAUCACAUUGUGCCCUUGCUUAAGCACCAGGCCGCGUCUGCCUCGAGGAUUGAAGCAUCUCUUGCAGAUUCAAGCCCCAAGAGUUCCUACCCAAGUCAAGCUUUCUUAAACGCCUCUUCUGCUUCUCUUGCGAGUUCAUCCCGUCCUCUAGACGAGCUUCGCUGUACCUCUGUGCCGCUCUUCCUACUCUGGACCUUAUAUUUCUUUACUCCGGGAGCUCUCUUUUUUGGUUCUGGUAUGUCUCGACUCGACACCGAUAUUCUCCAAUUUUUCCUUCGCUCAGAGCCCGACAACCCGGCCCCUCUCAGUCUCCCGGAGCUGUACCGAAUCAGCAGGCAAUCUCCCUCCCGUUUCUGGGGCGACGAGUAUCCUGUAUCUGCUCAGCUAGACGAUCAAGAGAAUCUCCCAGGACUGACAUUAUACCACCGAAGUCACGUUGUGCAAUUUAAAAUCACCGAGCUGUGCAAGCACAGGGUGGCUCCGAAUUCUGUUUCGACUGAAGACUCGUACCAGUGGAUUAUCAAUGAGAUCAAUGCCCUUGCCUUGGAAUUCGACACCGUUCUCACCUUGGCCAAAUCAUCCCCCUCCUGCGAAGUCACCGACGACGGCCGCCGCGUGAUGGAGACCAUCUACUGGUCGUCCAUCACCUACUACAGCACGAUUGUAUAUUUCCACCUAUGUUUCCGAGAAACGCUUAGCGAAUCUUCCAACGAGCAAAGCGAUGCCCAGAUCCUGCCUCUCAAUAAUGCCGUUUCCCAGGUUCUUGGACUGAGCCUGAAACUUCACCACAGCCGACCACGUCUCAUGGUCCGCAUCACUUGGCCGUUGUUUAUCGCAGGGAUUGCUACCUCAGACCGCAUCUAUCAGGACUGGGUGUCGAUUCGGCUGCGGGAGCUGGGACGGUACGGGCAGAAUUAUACUCGGAUCAGUCGCAGGUUUGAUGAGGUUAUUCGGUGUGGUGAUCCAGAUAUAUGGAAGGGCGAUAGUCCUCUUUGUUUAGGAGGGUAG